AUGUAUAUCUAUCCUCAAAUCAAAUAUGAUAAGGAAAUAUCGUCAGUGUCGAAGGAACUCAAGGCUGAUAACAUAAUUGAACUGUUGAAAAAUCAACUUCCAUCGGCUGAGAUGAAUACAAUGGUGUCAUCGUUGGACAUCUUCAGAAAGCAUCUCAACCAGCAACGUUCAUUCAGGCCAUUCGGCGAAUUGAUAGCAAAAUUCGAUUUUGAUGGUCGUGAGAUGCAAGUGUGGAAAAUUAGCGAAAGUUCACCGCAAUUCGAUGCGUAUUUGGCUCGUGCACAAACACUGGCGUUGUGGUACAUUGAUGCAGCACAAUACACUGACAACGAUGACCCAAGAUGGCAACAUUAUUUUGUGUAUGUUCUCUGUUUUUUGUGGAAGGGAGUGGAAUCAGUUCAGAUAUGA